AUGGGAAUGAAGAAGGAAGUAUUAUUAGUAACACAAAUAUUAGUUGCUGUUUUUCUUCAUAUCUUCAUUCUUUCUGCCAAGUUCACAAGCUGCAUGCAUACAAAAAGGGCAUCACGGAACAACUCGAAUGGUCCGGUAUUAUAUCCUCCGGUUCAAUUGCAUAUGUACCAUGAUCGUGUAGUGGUGGAUAAUGGCAUCUUUAGUGUCACAUUUGCAAACCCAGAAGGCACUGUCACUGGUAUAGAAUAUAAUGGAAUUGACAAUAUACUAAACGAUCGUAACUCUAAGUCCGAUCGAGGAUACUGGGAUGUAAAUUGGAGUGAUCCUUCGAAACCUCAAGACAAUUUGGACAAGCUAUCUGGGGAAAAAUUAGAUGUUAUUCUCAAUGACGAAAACCAAGUUGAACUUUCAUUCAAAAGACCUUGGACAUCCUCUGAAAAAACAAAUCACGUUUCUUUGAAUGUCGACAAAAGGUAUGUCAUAUUGCGGGGAUCAAGUGGUUUUUAUUCGUAUGGGAUUCUUGAGCGCUUAAAAGGGUGGCCUGAUACCGAUAUCUACCAAGGUCGGAUCGUAUUCAAGCUCCAAGAAAAGUUGUUUCGGUACAUGGCUGUUUCGGAUGAUAGACAGGGAGUUAUGCCAUCGUUUGAUGACCGCGAAAAGGGUGUGCCGCUAGAUUAUCCUGAAGCUGUUCUGUUGACCCAUCCUACUGAUAGACUUCUCAAGGGACAGGUGGAUGACAAAUACCAAUUCUCGGCUGAAAAUAAAGAUAAUCGGGUUCAUGGAUGGAUUUGCUCUGACCCGCCUGUUGGGUUUUGGAUGAUCACUCCUAGUAAUGAAUUUCGUAAUGGUGGCCCUGUGAAACAAGACCUUACCUCCCAUGCUGGUCCUGUUACUCUCUCUAUGUUUUUUAGCACCCAUUAUGCGGGGACUGAUUUAGGAAUGAAAUUUCGCGACGGCGAGCCAUGGAAAAAGGUUUUUGGACCUGUAUUUAUAUACUUAAACUCGGUUACAACAGAAAAGAAUCCGGUUUCACUUUGGAUAGAUGCCAAAAAAGAGAUGCUUUUGCAAACAGGGACUUGGCCAUACAGUUUUCCUAACUCGUCUGAUUUCCCUCGUGCCCAUCAACGCGGUCUUGUAGCUGGACGACUACUAGUUCGUGACAUAACCUUGACACAUGUCAACUCGGCGUUCAUUGGCUUGGCUCCACCUGGUACAGCUGGAUCAUGGCAAAAGGAAAGUAAGGGUUAUCAAUUCUGGACUCAAACUAACACUGAGGGUUACUUUGUGAUAAAAAAUAUCCGCCCUGGGAAUUAUAAUCUGUAUGCCUGGGUUCCGGGGUACAUUGGUGAUUACAUGUACCACUCCGUUAUCAAUGUUUUUCAAGGGAGCAAAAUUAGAAUUGGUGCACUAGUAUUUCAACCACCAAGAAAUGGUCCUACUAUUUGGGAAAUUGGAGUACCAGAUCGAACAGCAGCUGAGUUUUUUGUGCCUGAGCCAUCCCCAACUCUAAUGAACGAGUUAUAUGCAAAAGAAAGAACUGAAUCGUUCCGACAAUAUGGCCUGUGGAAUCGUUACACUGAUCUGUAUCCUUAUCAAGAUUUGGUGUACAGAGUUGGCGUUAGUGAUUAUCAAACAGAUUGGUUUUUCGCACAUGUCAAUAGGAAUGUUGGAAAUAAGACAUACAUUCCAACUACUUGGACGGUUUUAUUUGAUCUUAAACACGUCGUUAGACCUGGAAACUAUACAAUACAACUAGCAUUAGCAUCGGCCACAGGUGCUGAACUACAAGUCAGAAUCAACAACCCAAGAUCGGUGGCUCCUUUAUUUACAACACGGCUAAUUGGGAAAGAUAAUGCAAUCGCACGACAUGGAAUUCAUGGCCUAUAUUGGUUAUAUGAGAUCAAUGUUUUACAUUCUCAACUUCGAGCCGGAUGGAACACAAUGUAUCUAUCGCAAACACGAGGCUCGCGUCCUUUUAACGGAGUAAUGUAUGAUUAUAUCCGAUUAGAAGGACCUCCGAAUUCGUAAAAAUGAGUCAUUUACAGUAUCUUAUAUAAAUGUAGUUAGAGUAUAUAUUGCAUAGUCACAUAUGUCAAUUUGAGAAGUACGGAAAUGGAGGGUUCAAUAUGUUCAUGUGUAAAAAAGUAACCCGCAUAUAGAAGACAUAAAUUCUGUAGAUAACUAAUGUUAUGAAUAAUUUUUUAAUAAUAGAAUCAUUCUUCGUAA